AUGAGACGUGUUGACAAGCAGCAGAUUACACCAAGCAAGCAACUGAUUUAUCACCCUUGUCAUGGCGAAUAUCAAUGCGCUCGCCUUAAGGUACCAAUGGACUGGAAUCGGACAGACGGCCAAGGUGCAUCGGUCGCAAUAGCAAUCAUCCGACUCCCCGCCAAGGUUCCUGUCACGGAUGUGCGAUAUGGUGGUCCCGUCAUUAUAAACCCGGGUGGACCAGGUGGAUCUGGGGUAUCCUUGGUCCUGAAAGAGGGGAAGGAUAUCCAAAAAACCGUGGAUUUCCAGAAAUCGCCCGACAACCCGGAAGUGCAGUCAAGUGCAAAGUAUUUUGAUGUCGUCAGCUUUGAUCCGAGGGGAGUCAAUAACACUACUCCUCCGUUUUCUUGCUUUGCCAAUCCGGAGACGCGUCGGAUGUGGAAGCUUCAGUCAGACACAGAGGGGAACCUGGACAGCUCAGAUGCUUCGUUCAAUAACCUCUGGGCACGGGCAAUUGCCUUUGGUGAAACCUGCUCUCUACAUGGUGCUAGCGCUGGUGAGCCGGAAUGGAUAGGCCGUUUCAUGAACACGCCCCCCGUCGUGGCAGAUAUGGUUGAACUCGUCGAGCGACAUGCUGAGUGGCGGGAGAAAGAGACCAGUCGACUUUUGAGGAACGGAGUGCAAGUUUCCAAGCAGAAGCAAAGAGACAUUCAGCUGCGGAACAAGUGGCAGAAGGGUGAGGAAAAACUGCUUUAUUGGGGUUUCUCAUAUGGAAGCGUCUUGGGGGCAACCUUUGCCGCGAUGCAGCCCGGUCGGAUCCAUCGUUUGGUGGUGGACGGCGUUUGUGAUUCACGAGACUAUUAUGCUGGCAACUGGCUCAAAAAUCUUCAGGAUGCAGACUCGACACUGCACAAAUUCUUCGAGUACUGCCAUGAAGCAGGUCCUGAGUCAUGUCCGUUAGCACUUGACAAUUUACAUGCGACCACAGCGGGUUAUUACGAUAUCCUAGCUGACGUGGCAAGCAACCCCGUUGCUGUCCCCGAAUCAAUGACGAGGGGGCCUGAUAUCAUCACUUACAGCGACGUUCAUGCGAUGGUUGUACAGUCACUCUAUAGCCCCAUGGCCCUGUUUCCAACCAUGGCGCGACUUCUGGCGGACCUUUCCCACCGCAACGGGUCCUCCUUUGCAGAAUUCAAAGCCAAAGAUCUGAAAGCAACCCGUGAACCUGGGUACAAUCCCGAGGCCCUGUCGGGUGUUUUGUGUGCGGAUGGCAAAGAUAUCCAUGGAAUUGCCAAAGGCGAAUAUAGGAAGUAUUGGAAAACUCUUCGAAAUCAAAGCCAGGCUGUCGGAGAUGAAUGGGCCACUAUUCGUCUGCCGUGUGCUGGCUGGCAUGUGAGGCCAGCUUGGGCCUUUGAUGGGUCAUUUGUUCAAAAUACGUCCCAUCCUCUACUCUUCAUCGGCAACUCUUAUGAUCCAGUGACUCCAAUUCGAAAUGCUGUCACGAUGUCCUCUGGGUUUUCUGGUUCUGUCGUUUUACAGCAAGAUUCUCUUGGCCAUUGUUCACUUGCGGCCCCGUCCAAGUGCACAGCCAAUUUCGUCAGACUUUAUUUCCAGACAGGGAAACUCCCACCCCGGGGGACAAUCUGCGAGGUGGACGAGCGACCCUGGGCUUCCAGGCGCGCAGGAUCUUCAAGGUCAUCAACGGGAAUGCAUCAGUGA